AUGUUUAAAAAGCCAGCAGGUGUGCUGAUGUUCCUCCUGGUCAUCCUUAAGGUGUUGGGAACUGCAGAAACUGUCUGCAGCUGCACAGCUUCAGUCUGUCACUGCCACAUCCGGGGCCUCACCAGUGUUCCUCAGGACCUGCCGACAACCAUCACUUUCUUGGAUCUAGUAAUCAACCGAAUUACAACCUUAAGUCAGUCUGACUUCUCAGAGUAUACAAGCUUAGAGAUGUUAGAUCUUGCUCACAAUGAUAUCUCUACCAUCAACAGCCAGGCAUUCUCUCACUUGUCAAGCCUGACUAUAAUGUGGCUUUACGGUAACCAAAUAACGGUCCUCCGAGCUGACAUGUUUAUGGGGCUAGAAAACUUGAGGGAGUUCUAUAUAUCCAGUAAUCCCAUUAAUGAUAUUCAGGCUGGAACCUUUGAGUCGACGCCAAAGUUAAGAUCCUUGAACCUCAGUAAUAACAAGUUAACAGUCCUCAGAGCUGACAUGUUCACAGGGUUAGGCAACCUGGAGAUACUUCAGUUUCAAGGCAACGACAUUACUGAUAUCCAGGCUGGAACGUUCAAUCCGACAUCACAACUGACAUUUUUACGACUAAGUUACAACAAGUUAACAACCCUCAGAUCUGAUAUGUUCACAGGGUUGGGAAAGUUGGAUCCAACACCAAAUGUAGGGGACCUCAGACUGUCUGACAACACAGUCGUAACAUUUCCCUUCGAAGACUUGUCAAACAUUCAAACAAUUUCUCGUCUUACCCUUCACAAUAACCAAAUGACAACUCUUCCCUCUGUGGCCUAUGAUGUACUUUCAUCCAUCUCUACUGUUAACAUUGACAACAACCCCUGGCAGUGUGACUGUAGGAUGGUUGAAUUUAAGUUGAAGAUGAUAGAACCAAGUUCUUUUGACAAACAGAUCACUUGUUCCCAUCCUGGCAACUUCAGUGGGCAAAACCUGGUAGGCAUCAACCCUGAGGAUUUGAUGAUAGAUUGUCAAAAACCAAACAUUACGAGGUUUGAAAGGGUUGAAAAUUAUCUUCUGUUACAUGGACAGACUGUCCGUUUAUUUUGUGAAGCUACUGGAAUCCCCACGCCAGAGAUCACAUUCAUUCUCCCAUCUGGACUCGAAUUUAAUGCAACAGUAUUGUCAGCUGGAAGGGUGACUGUGUGGGAGAAUGGUACAAUAAUUGUAACAGGUGUUACUGCAGCAGAUUCUGGUCGGUAUGCCUGCAUCGCAACAAAUUCUGCAGGGUCCACAUUGGCCUACUUCUCUACAGAUGUGGUUUACUUUGAAACGUCUCCCACUUUCUCCCUCCCCAUUCUCAUUCUCUACCUGAUCGCAGCAGUAGCCGGGACCCUUGUGAUUGUUGCCAUUGUUCUGACCAUCUGGUGCAAGUGUUGUCGCAAGGACCGUUCUGUAGGCCCAGACGCUGGUACUCCGGCUAUGAUGGGCCGUAGACAUGGUGCAAGGGUGCCAUGGGACCAUCCCCUGGGCAUGUGA